ACUAAGUAUGUAAACACAGAAACAGAGUUCCUCGUGUUCCACACACAGAUGUAAUGUUCAAUCAGAUGUACUUAUACCCCAAUAGUCAGCAAUUCAGCAAUUCUUUAUCUUACAGAGCAUUGUACAGCCUCUUGCCUUGUCCAUAUAUGGUAAUAUUAAAGAUCGGUAGUUUCUUCCGAUAGAGGAAAGGUUAUGUCUAUAUAUUGUUUUGCUGGAAGGAGCUAUUCCUUAUCUCUGCAGAUUCAAACAGUCUUGUGUUUACCUUGUUGACUCAGCAUCUGUACAUUUCAGUCUGGCUGAAUAUUCAGUGAAGGCACCCAGUGUUCUGUACAUCUUGCUGAGUAUUUAGAUCAUAGGACAAGGCAUGCAUAUUGUAUACUUCAAUCUUACUGAGUAUUGAGAGGAAAGGGCAAGACACCAUUUUGUAUAUUUCUAAACUAAAAGUAGGGUCCAUUUUGUUACCUACUUUAACUUUAGCUCUUUCAUUCCCUCCUUUUAUCAUAACAUGAUAACAUUCACUCUCGUCGGUAGGUACACAAUGGUCGCAAGCAUCUAACAAUAAAAAUCACAGCGAUGAUUAACAAAAAGAUUGAGCCAUAAUGUAACACAGUACCUCAAAAGUCCACCAAACCAACUGAGCGGCCACUAGCUCCCACUUCCUUCAUUGUACCCUUGCAUAUCACUGUCAACCUUAGGGAUCUUUUUGUUUUCUUGGGAAAUAUAGGUAGCAUGGUCAGCGAUAUUAGAAGUUUCAUCAGGGAUAUAGGUGCAAUUUUCUCAUUUUUUUAUAGCACCUGUGCCUCCUUUUUCUGCCAAGAUAAAGUCUAAUGCCAUACAAUUUUGUAAAGCCAUAGUGUGGAUAGCAAGGGAAGGGAUAACUCAAUUAGUUGUUUCAUGUUACGCAUGUGGAGAACGACAUAAGCCAGAUAGCAGCAUCCUUUCCAGUUGCCAUUCUCCCCCAUCAUCCUGUCGCAAAGGCUGUUGUUUCCUGGUGGCAUCCCUGGCAGCCAAGGGUAUGCCCAUAGCCCACAUACCAAGUGUGUUCCAUUUACUGGUCAUGGUGGUCUCAGAGAAGAGAUUGUGGUGCAAGAGCUGUUCCCAAAUAUACUCCUUUCCCUGGGUUUUUACAAUGACAAGUGGCAUUAACUGGUAUACGGGGAUUGCUUACUAGUCUCAGUCGGGGAAUUCUCCAAAUUCUGUUCUCACCUAUUUUCCAACAGGGGGGAGUGUACCAUCCUUUAAAAUUGUUUUAUAUAGGUUAGUCCUCGAGUUUUAUUAAAUGGAAUGGCAAUUAUUGGUGGAGUCCAGAACCAGGGGCCACAGUUUAAGAAUAAGGAGUAAGCCAUUUAGAACAGAGAUGAGGAAACACUUUUUUUUCACAGAGAGUUGUGAGUCUGUGGAAUUCUCUACCCUCUGGCGGUGGAGACCGGUUCUCUGGAUACUUUCAAGAGAGCUAGAUAGGGCUCUUAAAGAUAGCGGAGUCAGGGGAUAUGGGGAGAAGGCACGAACAGGGCACUGAUUAGGGAUGGAUCAGCCAUGAUCACAUUGAAUGGCGGUGCUGGCUCAAAGGGCCGAAUGGCCUACUCCUGCACCUACUGUUAAUUGUCUAUCAUAACUCAUAGACAAAAAGAUAUAGUCCAGCAUCUGGGCCAUUCCCAGGACACUGAGGAGAGUUAUUUUAUUUAAUUGUCCUUAUUCCAGUUUCCAAUUCUUUUGCAAUCAGUUUGGUGUAUCCAACAAGGAAGAUUUUCGACCUCCACUGCUGUUGGUGUGAUCAGUAGUACUUGGAAGGGGCCCUUCCACCAUUCUCCCAGUUUCUUCCUAUCCCAAUGUCUUAUUAGUACGUGGUCUCCUGGUGGUAAGGAUUCACCAUUAUGGUCAGCUGAUAGUGGUUUCUGCGUUUCCAAUACUUGUGAAAGUAAGACUGACAAGGUUCGGGUUAAUUGGUGAGUGUACGUGAUCAAUUCAUCACUGAGGGCCUGUAGGUCAAAACUAACCUGCUCUAGCUGGGGUUGUUCUGAACCGUCAGAAUGGUACCUUAACCCAUUCCUGUCCCGUCUCGGUCAACCCUUUAGUGUCCUAUUCAUUCCCUUCACUAAUUCAGAACUCUGCGGGUGGUGGGAGAUGUGAGAUCACUCUUUAACUACUUACAAGGCAAACCCAUUUAAAAUAGAUCAUUAUUAAGGGAAAAUACAAUUCAAAAAUUAUUCCCAAUUUCUAAUCUCUCUCCAAAUUCACAAUUUCAAAUUAACAAAUUUUCUCUGAGAUAUAGGCAUCUCCAAUCUCAUCUAACACUUUGACCAGGAUUCCACGUGGCCAGUGAGGAAUCCAGGUCUCUUCUUGAACUCAAUACAAAAGAUGCCCAACUCUGACUGUGGUUCAAAAGCCAGAAAAAAGGGAACAAAAUAUGGCAAGCUGUCUCAGAGUGGGAACAAGUCAGGGUCUGGUGGCAAAACCCUUACCCCGAGACAGCAGUGUAUCAUCGACAAAUGGGGUUUCAUCAAUUCACAAAGAGUACGAGUGGAGAGGAGACAGAGCACCAGGAAGUUUGACAAGAAGAAGCCACUCCCCACUAUGUCCAGUGGAGAGGUGGUUGAUCCACUUGAGGGAACCUCUGGAUCCACCCCCUCCACCAGUCAGCAGCACAACAAGACGAGCAGGACCACUGCAGGCUUCACCCCAACAGCAACUGGGGUAGAGGAGAGAGAGGCAAGUCGCCCUGAGCUGAUCAAGGCACGCAUGCAACAGGCAACAGAAGCCGGGGAGGCAAGACAGGCCAUGACACAGCCCCAGACACAACAUGAGAGGGCUGUUGACAUCUUCCAGGGAUUCUUAAAGACUGAGCUGCUCAAGAUACCAGAGAACAUGUGGUUCAAAUACACCAUGGCUGCCAUGACGGUGGCCCAUAACUUCUCCCAGCCGUCUCAGCAGCAGAUGGGACAUAUGAUACAGCCACAGAUGGGACUGAUGGGACCCCCACCACAACAGUUGCCACUGAUGGGACCACCACUGAUGUGGUGGUCCCAUCUCAUUUUAUAA